AUGGUGAGGCUUUUCGUGUGUGUUUUGGAGGCCAAGGACCUUCCCGUGGGGGAUACAUACGUGAAGCUUAGACUCGCCAAGGUCAAGGCCAAGACAAAGAUUUUGAGGAACACGUGCACCCCCGUUUGGAACCAGGAGUUUAGCUUCAAGGUGCAUGAUGCCGAGGAUGUGCUCGUUGUGUCUCUUGUUAAUCAUGAUAAUGAGAGCAGGGUAGUCACUGGUUAUGUGGUGGGCGAGGUACGGAUACCUGUUGGCUCAAUUGCUUUGGAGGAAAACCAAACCUCGCUACACAGCUGGUUCUCUCUUGAAAGCCCCCCGACUGGGAAAUUUUUCAAUAAAUAUUGUGGGAAAAUUCUUCUUACUGUUUCUCUUCAUGGCAAAGACUGUGCUUCUUUGACCAAGCAUAAGCAUUCUUCAAAUUCAAUUGUUGCAGUUGAGAACUCAAAAGACUUGGAGGGUCUUCACACUUCAUGUCGGGCACCUUAUGAUAAAGCGGGUGUAGGAAAACAGUGGAAAUUUAUUGCUAAUUGUCUGCAUAAGAUUUUCAAAAAGAAAGAAGGAAACUCAAAGCCUGGGGAUUCUUCAGAACAAUCCACUUUAUUAUCUGAUUGUGAAGAUAGUGAGCAGGAAAAAUCGUCUCCUUGUAAUUUUGAAGAAGCUGUUGAAAUAAUGAAAUCAGGAGAUAACAAACCUGAGAUGCCUGAAAAUUUAUCGGGGGGUGUUCUAGUAAAUCAGAUUUAUUUAGUCUCUCCGAAUGACCUUAAUGUGUUUCUUUUUGCUCCCAAUUCACAGUUUCGUAAGGAGUUGGCUGAAGUGCAGGGAAUAACAAAUUUGCAAGAGCGGCCUUGGACAUGGAAAAAUGGAGAUGUGUCAAGUUUAACACGAGUUAUUUCCUAUAAAAAAGCUGCUACAAAAUUGAUUAAGGCAGUUACCGCCACUGAGGAGCAAACCUACAUUAGAGUGAGUACAAAGGAAUUUGCCAUACUUGUUAGUGUAAGCACACCAGAGGUCCCAUAUGGAAAUACAUUUAGGAUUGAAUUGCUUUACAAGAUAAUGCCUGGUGGAGAGGCAUCUUCAGGAGAGGAAUCCUCCCAUCUUGUUGUGUCAUGGGGCAUUGUCUUCAUUCAAAGCACAAUGAUGAAAGGCAUGAUAGAAAAUGGGGCAAGACAGGGAUUGAAUGAGAAUUUCAGCCUGUUCUCCGAGAAACUUGCGCAGAAUUUUAAGGUACAAGAUAAGACAGAUUUACCAGACAAGGAAUAUUUGUUGGCAACAUUGCAACCUGAAGACCAAUGGCAUUGGUGGCAGGCAAUUACAUACUUUUGUAAUUUCACUGUGUUUUCCACCAUUUUCAUGUGUUUGUAUAUAUUGGUGCAUAUUUUAUAUUGCGGUCCAAGUCCACUUCAGGGCUUGGAAUUUAGGGGGCUUGAAUUGCCAGAUAGCUUUGGGGAGCUCAUAAUAAGUGGAGUUUUAAUCAUCCAGUUGCAGCGUGUUUAUAGUAUGCUGUCUCACUUUAUUCAAGCUAGAUUUCAAAUGGGAACUGACCAUGGACUCAAAGCUCAUGGUGUUGGAUGGGUUCUUACUGUGGCUUUAAUUGAGGGAGUUGACUUGGCCUCCUUGGAGUCAGAAGGGUUGUCAGAUCCCUAUGUAGUUCUGACGUGUAAUGGACAAACAAGAUCAAGCUCUGUCAAGCUUCAAACGUCCAAUCCUCAAUGGAAUGAAAUAUUAGAGUUUGAUGCUAUGGAAGAACCGCCAUCAGUUUUGAAUGUGGAAGUUUUUGAUUUUGACGGUCCAUUUGACCAGGAUGUUUCACUUGGACGUGCUGAGAUCAAUUUCCUAAAGCACACAUCAACUGAGUUAGCAGACAUGUGGCUCUUGCUCCAAGGAAAGCUUGCUCAAUCUUCUCAGGCAAAGUUGCACUUGAGAAAUUUCUUGGACAAUAAUAAAGGUGUUGAAACAAUCAAGGAAUAUUUGGAGAAGAUGGAAAAGGAAGUAGGCAAAAAGUUGAAUCUUAGAUCACCACAAAGAAAUUCCACAUUCCAGAAAUUGUUUGCAUUGCCCCCGGAAGAAUUUCUCAUCAAAGAUUUCACUUGUUACCUCAAGAGAAAAAUGCUUUUACAGGGUCGGCUGUUUCUUUCAGCAAGGAUUAUGGGGUUUCAUGCCAACAUCUUUGGACACAAAACAAAAUUUUUUUUCCUUUGGGAAGAUAUUGAAGAGUUACAAGUGCUUCCUCCAUCAUGGGCAACAAUAGGAAGCCCUACGUUGGUUAUAAUUCUGCGACGAGGUCGAGGUCUUGAUGCAAGGCACGGUGCAAAGACUCAAGAUGAAGAAGGGAGACUUAGGUUUCAUUUUCAGUCAUUUUCAUCAUUUAGUGCUGCCUCCAGAACAAUAAAGGCCUUGUGGAGAACUAGAAUUCUGAACCCCUACCAGAAAGAACAAAAUACAGCCGAACAUGAAGACCAAGAAGGCUUUGUAAUUCCAGAAGACUCUGCAUCUAUCUUAGAAAAUGAAGAAAAAAUGACCAGAAUUUUCUCUGCAGAACUACCAAUCAAGCUGAUGUCACUUAUGGGAAUUUUCGAUGGAGGAAAGCUGGAGCAUAAAAUUAUGCUGAGAACAGGAUGUAUGAACUAUGAAACUACCUCGUGGGAGCUAGUAAAACCUGAUGUCCUUGAGAGGCGUGUUUCUUACCGAUUCAAUCGACAAGUGUCAGCUUUUGGAGGUGAAGUUACAUGCACACAACAAAAAUAUCCAAAUGCAAACACUGGAGGUUGGACUGUGACUGAAGUUAUGGUUCUUCAUGGUGUCCCAUUUGCAGAUCACUUCCAUAUUCAUUUUAGGUUCGAAAUUGAGAAAUCAUCUCUUGGUGAAUGUGCCUGCAAGUGUGAUGCUUACAUUGGUAUUAUGUGGCUUAAGAGCUCCAAGUUUCAGCAGAGGAUCAACCGGAACAUAAUAGCCAAGUUUAACCUUCGACUGAAGGAUAUAUUGGAACUGGUUCAGAAAGAGAUUUUGCUAAUGUGUCAGAACUCACUUGGAUAA